UAUUUUCAGUUAUCAUAACUUUUUUGUGGUUUUGGAAUCCAUAAAUUUCCUCCAAUUUUGAGUUGUUAAACUAUUUUAAAGAUGAUCAUUAUGCACUUAUACAGUUUUUCUAACUCAUUGUUGUACACAUUUUAGAAUGCAAUUUUGUUGCAUAGUAGCUGUUUGACAAAUUGCCACAGAGAGAUAGUAACAUAUAGGAAGUGGCUUUAGCAUAAUAUAGCAUAUUUAGUUACAUGGUUCAUGUUAAUAUUUCAUAUAUUUACAUUGGAAACACUCACUUUCUGAUCAUCCUACUACUGUUUUUUGUUAUAUCCUUAGUCAGAAUCAGAAACCCUCAUUUGUAACCACUUCACUGUCCUGAAACUGAAACCAUCUUGCCCUUUAAGGUUUCUUCCGUUGUCGUCAAAUAACAGUAGUUUUACUUUUUCUAGUUUUCAAAAACCCCAUCCAUGUCUAUGACAAUUCGAAGCUUCAUUCGAUGUAUGCAUAAUCAUGUAAGACCUGUUCUGCAACCAGCAACUGUCUCUAAUCUAAGUACAGAGCUACCGACUAAUAGUUACAUAAUAUUGUUGUGUAAGCAACAGCAUUACAAAGAAGCGCUGGAAGUGUUUGAUUUUCAUCUAAAGAAUCCGAAUAUCCAUUUUGAACCAAGCACGUAUACGAGUUUAGUUUUGGCUUGCGCCAACUCUAGAUCACUUGAAUAUGCAAAGAAAAUCCAUGAUCACAUUUCAAAAUCCAGCUGCCAACCAAGCAUGAUUCUCCAAAAUCAUAUUAUUAACAUGUAUGGAAAAUGUGGUUCUAUGAAUGAUGCUAGAAAAGUUUUUGACACAAUGCAGCUACGAAAUGUGGUCUCUUGGACUUCACUGAUCUCCGGAUACUCACAGAACAGUCAAGAGAACGAUGCCAUCAUCAUGUAUAUUCAAAUGAUGCAAUCGGGUCAAUUUCCGGACCAGUUAACCUUUGGAAGCAUAAUUAAGGCUUGCUACAUUGCCGGGGAUAUAGGUUUAGGUAGGCAACUGCAUGCUCAUGUCAUUAAAUCAUGGUUUGGUCAUCACUUGAUCUCCCUAAAUGCUCUUAUUUCAAUGUACACAAAUUUCGGACAAAUCACACAUGCGUCAAAUGUAUUUACAACGAUUUCUACAAAGGAUUUAAUUUCUUGGGGUUCCAUGAUUACGGGAUAUACUCAACAAGGUUAUAGGAUAGAAGCUUUAUAUAUUUUCCGAGAUAUGCUCAGGCAGGGAGUUUAUCAGGCAAAUGAGUUCAUAUUUGGCAGUGUUUUCAGUGCUUGCAGCAACCUUCUUGAACUAGAGUAUGGAAAGCAAGUACAUGGAAUGUGCGCUAAAUUCGGUUUAGGGAGGAACGUUUUCGCUGGAUGCUCCCUUUGUGACAUGUAUGCAAAAUUCGGAUUUUUACCUUCGGCAAAGACGGCAUUCUAUCAGAUUAAAAGCCCUGAUAUAGUGUCAUGGAAUGCAAUUAUUGCAGCAUUUGCUGACAAUGGUGAUGCUAAUGAAGCCAUAGAUUUUUUCCAUCGGAUGAUGCAAACAGGACUGAUCCCAGAUAACGUUACUUUUAUUUCCUUACUUUGCGCUUGUGGGAGCCCCACAGCAUCUAACCAGGGUAUGCACAUUCAUUCUUACAUUGUCAAAAUCGGUCUCGAUAAGGAAGUAUCGGUAUGCAACUCCUUGUUAACCAUGUACACAAAGUGCUCAAAUCUAUAUGAUGCAUUAAAUGUUUUCAGAGAUGUAAGCGGAAAUGCCAACUUAGUUUCUUGGAAUGCAAUUCUUUCAGCAUGCUUGCAGCACAAGCAAGAAGGAGAGACUUUCAGAUUAUUUAAACAAAUGCUUUAUUCUGAAAAUAAGCCUGACAGUAUCACCAUAACUACUCUAUUAGGAACCUGUGCUGAGCUGACAUCUUUAGGUGUCGGAAAUCAAGUGCAUUGCUAUAGUAUUAAAAGUGGGCUAGUGCUUGAUGUUUCUGUGUGCAAUGGAUUGAUUGACAUGUAUGCAAAAUGUGGAUCACUUAAACAUGCUCGCGACGUUUUUGAUUCAACGCAGAGCCCAAAUAUUGUCUCAUGGAGUAGUUUAAUUGUUGGUUAUGCUCAGUUUGGACUUGGACAUGAAGCUCUUAAUCUCUUUAAAGUUAUGACAAAUCUUGGCGUUCGGCCUAACGAGGUCACAUAUCUCGGGGCUCUCAGCGCGUGCAGUCACAUUGGAUUAGUGGAGGAAGGCUGGCGUUUAUAUAAAUCCAUGGAAACAGAAUACAGAAUUCCACCGACAAGAGAACACUUCUCUUGCAUGGUUGAUUUGCUUGCUCGUGCCGGAUGCUUCCAUGAAGCAGAGACUUUUAUUCAGAAAUCAGAAUUUGACCCUGACAUUACUACUUGGAAAACUCUACUUGCUGCUUGUAAAACUCAUAAUAAUAAAGUUGACAUUGCAGAGAGAGCUGCAGAAAAUAUACUAAAACUCGAUCCUUCCAACUCUGCGGCAAUGGUGAUGCUUUCUAACAUACAUGCUUCUGCUGGUAAUUGGGAAGAUGUUGCUAAACUAAGGAACCUAAUGAAACAAAUGGGUGUACAAAAGGUACCUGGUCAAAGCUGGAUAGAAGUUAAGGAUAAGAUCCAUAUAUUCUUCUCUGAAGAUAGCUCACAUCCACAAAGGAGCAACAUUUACACAAUGCUUGAAGAGUUAUGGCUGCAGGUGCUAGAUGAUGGCUAUGAUCUUUGCCAGAGGUUAGAGAUUAGCAUUUGGUAGUUAAAAAGUUGAAAAUUUGUAGUUGGAUUAUAGUUAUAUAGCACUGACACCUCGGGAAAAAAUGUGUGUAUGUGUCAGCGUCUGUAUCCGAAUCCAACACCUAUAUUUGUGAUUACGCUUAAUUUAUUCAUUUUUUAAAAAUUAUUACUUGUGUUAACGUGUCAGC